CUGACGAACCGCAGCUUCACACCAGUUGAAUUACAAAACGGAUUAUAGCGCUGUUGCACAUAACGGCAUUCAAGAUACCUCAUUUUUACUUGAUCUGAUAAUGCAAUUGGAAUACAGUAUAUUUAUUUACAGUCUUCGAGUUUAAAAUUAUUAUUCUGUUUAAUAGAAGACGUUGCUUUUGUGGUCGGAUCACUUUUAAAUCCCAAUAAUGCCUUUUCCGCCGAUAAAUCUCCAUCAACGAAUCUCUUCUCCCGGGAGAGAGGUGUUCAGGAAAAAGAAACAGACGGAGGAAAAAGACUCGGAGAAGGAAAAGAUCUCGAGGUCUUGGACUACUGCCAAUCUGAGGAAUUUGGGGCGAAAACCCCAACAACAGAAACCCAAACUCCCGAUUCAGGAGACAGACGGUUUAAAGAGCUCCUGGCUAACUUUACCCAAACAAUCUCAAGACUGGUGCGAGAGCGUCCCGCUUUACAGUUCUGCGGAAUCCCCCACGCAUCGGGACAGGGGCAAGCAGUCCUCGCGGAGUUCCAUAGGAAAGGACGAGGCAGGAGAAGAAAGGAAGAUUCAAUUCUCUCUGAGCCUCACACCGGAGGCCAUUCUCGUUAUUCAGAAACGCAGCUUAGAAAAACAGAUGCUAGCCAAACAGCAGAAGGGUUGUGUGUCCGUAGACUUUCGGCACAGGCGAGUCUUUCCAUCCAAACGGACUCAAGGUGGUUCCAAAAGCUCGACCAUUCCAGUCGCCAAUCUGGAACACGCAGAGGACAUUACAACCAUCGUCAAAAUAUCUUUACUAAAUGAUCAGUAUAAAUACGAUGACGUGGAAUAUGAAGAAGAAGACGGCGAUGUGGACGAGACGGUGGUGAGGAAAUGCAAAGAAUGGCUGAAAGGAGUGGAAAGCGCCGCUGCUUUUGGGAAAGUGGACAAACUAUCUACCCUUCCUCACCUAAAAAGCUGCUGACGAAUGCUUCUCAUAUUACAAGACUUUAAUAUGACGCGAUAAGGCAAGCUACGAACAUUGCACAUUGUAGCCUACACAAGAUAUAUGGUUUCUUAGUAGCCUAUCCACUGACACUGCUCACCAUUACGCACGGCGAACACUUCCCACACACAUGGGAAUGUUUUUUUUACUAGUCUAAUAAUUCUAAUGAUGUCUGAAUUGAAUAGCCUUUCAUGUUGACACUGUCAAAAUCCUGUGUUCUCCUCUUUUGCACGUGCUUUUGUUUUUAUUGAGGCUCCUUUAUCCGUUGGUUGGCAUGAGCCGCCUGCGAACCAAGGACCCUCUUCCUUUGUGUCCAAGAACAAUAGCUGUCAACGGCAACGACAGGGUUACUUUGCGCGUUUUGUUGUUGUUGUUGGGUGCACCUCUCAGAAGAUGCACCUGUUUUUUUGCACUGUCUGGAAAAUGAAAGAAAAAAUGUUUUGGAGGUGGAUCAGAUUUGUACCGUAUUUAUUAUGAGGGGGGGGGGGGGGGGUUGUAUCAGCUCAAAUGUUUCGUUCUACCCUGACAUUUUUAUGCCAUUUGUAUGAAGUAAAAAAUGUUUUCAAUCUA